AGUAGCGCCGCCUGCGUCCUCUCAGCUGCUGCGCCUGCCGGCUCUCCUCAGCGUCUCGGGACCCACGCGCGCCCAGGUUGCGAGGGGAAGCACGACGACGUCCUGAGCUACGCAGUUUGCAAGCAGGAGAGCUCUGAUUCUCACAAGAUGCAGUGUAUCUAAUUGCUGAAUUUUGAACGCGUCGAGUAAGCUUCUGACUGUGACGAGCACAAAACCAGAUCCACAAUCACAAAUAUGGUGUACGUUAUAAUCGCUAGGUAAUGGACAGUCGAAAUCAUCCCAACAAUGGCCAAUUCAGUGAGCCAUAAAUUGAAAAGCUAUGUUUGAAUUUUUUUUCCUCUACUUUAUCUGACAAUACCUGUGCGAGCAGAAAUCCGUGUGCAUAGUGCUGAAAGUGUCAGUGCGUGAUUAUUCUCCGCUCCGCUGGAUUACAUGUGGAACCUCGGAACAACAUACGAACACCAUUAUUUCUGGUCAGGAACUUCCCGAGAAUCAGAAGAAAGCUACGUCGCUGUUAUCGAUUGACUGUCAAUACUUAUGCGACAACGUUGGUCUGAUUGAGCACGGUUUGCACGUCUUGCGAUAAUUGCGACGACUGUCACACGUGUGUUGUUUGAGAGAACUGGCCGCUACUUGCGACUGUCGUCUGAUAUUAGGUGUGUGGUUCGAUGUGAUAUUAUUCGCGGAGUAUUUUAAUAUAGCUAUUGCCUGACACACUGUCUCCUGCUUGAACACUGUGUCUACGAACUUUUGGUUUCGGAUUCUCUCCCUGCCCUUUUUGUGAAUUGCAACUUCAAGAUAUUUGGGACUUAAACAUUUUUUGAACAGUGUAACUUAAUACUAGGAAGAAAUAUUUUUUGUAAACAAGGUGCUGAGUUUUUAAUCUGAAUUUAAUUUGCCUUAUUGCCAAAGAAUAUCGACGUCAAGAAAGUUUAUUACGUGUAUUUCGAAGAUUUUAGUUAAUACAUUACACUAUAGACAUUUAUAAAAUGCACUCAUUAACAGUGGACCUCAAACGAAUGAACAGACAGUCGGUGCUAACGAAAACAUUCCAGUAUAUUCCGUGAGUUAGGGAACUGUACACGUGAGUGAAGUUUCUGUGCAAAGGCCCCGUCGUUAAGUGGCCAACUAAAAUUAAUGUGCCGAGAUUAACCUUCAGAAACUUGACGUUCAAAGCAGUGCCGCAGUGAGGCGGAUCGGACCGAGUCACACUUGCGGUUAGCAUAUUCGUGAAAAUCGAUACGCGGGAAAGUGGUGCGUGCGUGUCGGACGGCCCAGAAGCGCAGCUCUGCUUUAGCCUGAGCUGUGGUGGGCGGCUGCCCUGCAAGGAGCGAACAGUAAGGCGAGACGAGGCCUUGACCUUCCGCUCCGGCGCGCCGCGUCGAAUAAGGAAAACACGGCACACGCCGCCGCGUCUUACCGGGGGAUCUUCGCUUCCGAGACAGGAGGAGGAAGAGCGGCGAACGACGCGCCGGCUGGGAAGUUGGCCCGCGGGACGCAGCAGCAGCGCCGUAGCGGGAGACGGCGGAAGCUGGCUUGUGGUGCGCGCGGCCCCAUGUGGCGCUGUCCGCUGGCCAACCAGCUGCGGCUGGCGGCCGCUAAGGCGCACGCCUUCGCCUGGAUAGCUGGCGCCGCCAUCCUUCAUGGGAUGGGUAACCGCGUGUCCUCUGUGGGGGACACCCGCAGCGUGUGGAUUGGAGGUGCCCCAACUACCGGAGAGCGCAUCAAGUACCCCGACAACAGAGUCAUCUCUGCCAAGUACUCUCCAUGGAACUUCCUUCCAAAAAACUUGUUUGAGCAGUUCCGUCGUAUAGCAAAUUUCUACUUUCUGUGCAUAGCCAUUAUUUCGUUGUCUAUUGAAAGUCCAGUUAGUCCACUAACAAGUAUUUUGCCUCUCGUUUUUGUGAUAGUGGUGACUAUGGUGAAACAAGGUUAUGAGGAUUGGCUGAGACACUGUGCUGACAGAGAAGUAAAUGGUGCUCUUGUGACGGUCAUCCGCAACGGAUGUGCUCAGAAAGUGAAGGCAAAAUUGUUAUGUGUUGGUGAUCUGAUAAGGAUUGAAAAUGACAGUGAUAUUCCAUGUGAUAUGGUGCUUUUAUCCUCUAGUCAGAAAGAUGGGAAAUGUUUUGUUACCACUGCAAACCUUGAUGGUGAAACUAACCUUAAGACACUCCUGUGUCCCAAACUGCUUCGUUAUUUCUCACAGCCAGAACAGUUAGCAACACUCCAUGCAUUAAUAGAAUGUGAACAGCCAACACCUGAUCUGUACAAAUUUUAUGGAAAAAUUGAAGUGUUUCCUGAUGAAGCUGUCCAGCUAAAUGGAGAAAUACCUCUUGGACGAACCAGUCUUAUGACAAUCAAAUCAAGUGAUUCAGACCAAGAUUCAAAUUUGUUAAGGAGUUCUUCAUCUCGUGUUAAUGGUGAUGUUCCUAUAGGUCGAAAUAGUGUUGUGAGUUUUAGAGCAAGUCAGAUCAGUACCGAUGCACCAGUGAAUAGGAAUUCUGUGAUUAAAGUGAAUAGUGAUGCUAGCAUUAGAACCAGUUCACUGAGCUUCAGAACAUGUCACAUGGCAGAAGACUCAGUGUCAAGGGAUUCCACUUCAUUAAGGAAUGGCUUGAAAAGAAAUUCUUCAGCAACACAAUUUGAAGAAUGUGACAAUGCAGGUAGUAGCAAGAGGGUGACAAUGAGGAGAAACAGUGUCCAGAGCGUAAGUUCUGUGAGACGACAUUCAGUUAGCUUGUCUGCACCACUGGGACCAGAAAACAUACUUCUUAGAGGCACAAGACUCAAGAACACAGAUUACAUAUAUGGUUGUGCAGUCUACACUGGCCAAGAGACCAAACUUGCUCUGAACUCAAAGCUCACAAGCAACAAAUUUUCUACUGUUGAAAGAUCGAUUAAUGGUUUCUUGCUGUUCUUCCUUGUGCUGCUCUUACUGGAAGUUUUUCUAUGUCUGGGGCUCAAAUAUGGAUUUGAGCUUGUUGGUGAUUAUGUGGCAGAUUAUUAUGUGGGUCCAUUACCACAGUUAAAUGGCCUCCAAGUAGUGGGGGACAUGUUUUCCUUCUUUGUGCUCUUCAAUUACAUUAUACCUAUAUCAUUGUAUGUUACAAUAGAAUUGCAGAAGUUUCUUGGCUCUCUUUUCUUUGGAUGGGAUCUUGAGUUAUAUUGUGAAGAGACAAAACAGGGAGCUAUAUGCAACACCUCAGAUCUAAAUGAAGAGUUGGGACAGGUUGAAUAUCUGUUUACAGAUAAAACAGGAACAUUAACAGAAAAUGAUAUGCAGUUUCGCCGCUGUUCAAUUGGGGGAGUGGCAUAUGUUGAGAAUAAUGGAGAACUAUUCAGGCUCACAGAAGAUGGCACAGAAAGGAACAGUAUUCUCUUACAGUGCAUGACACCAGAGAUAGAACACUUCUUGAUCGCUUUGGCCUUGUGUCAUUCAGUGCAGAUAACGUCUGGAAAUAAUGGCAUGAAUAAUAAUGACCAAGUUGAAAUGGACUCAAAAUUAGAUUAUCAAGCAUCUAGUCCAGAUGAAAAGGCACUAGUGUCGGCAAGUGCAAGGUGUGGCAUUGUCUUUCUUGGAGAAGAAGGUGACAUUAAUACUAUUCAGGUUAGAGGCAAAAUACGUAGAUACAAAAAGCUAGAUUGCCUCGAAUUUACAUCUGAUCGAAAACGCAUGUCUGUAAUAGUGGAAGAUGAGGAUGGAAUUAUAUGGCUCUUUUGCAAGGGUGCUGAGUCUGCUGUCAUUCCACUUGCAGAUGAUGGUCCAAAGCAAGAAACACAGCGACAUAUAACAGAUUUUGCUAUGCGAGGCCUGCGAACUAUGGUUGUUGGCUGUAGGAAGAUGGAUGUGGUUCAAUACAAUACCUUGAAGGCACAAAUUGAACUUUCAAGGCAGACACUUAGCACAAGAAGGGAGUCAGUCGUGGCCAAAAGCUAUACAAAAAUGGAAAGGGGACUGACAUUACUAGGAGCUACUGGUGUUGAGGACCGACUGCAAGAUGGAGUACAAGAAACUCUGGAGAGUCUCAGAGCGGCAGGUAUCAAGGUAUGGAUAUUGACAGGUGAUAAAGUAGAGACAGCAGUAAACAUCUCUUACUCUUGUGGUCACUUUAAGGCUGGUACUAUGCAACUAUCCCUAACUGAACAAAGAUCAGAUGAAUCCUGCCAAGCCACACUUGCCUUAUUCAGGGCACAAAUUUAUGCUGAAAGACAUAAACAAUUUGGACUGGUUGUUGAUGGAGUGAGCCUGAGGUAUGCCCUUAGACACCCAGAAACUUUUAGAGAAAUAUGUACAGCAUGUACUGCAGUUAUCUGCUGCAGGAUGUCACCCCUGCAGAAGUGUGAGGUUGUGCAGUUAAUGAAAUAUUCUCCUAUGAAACCUGUCACAGCUGCAAUAGGUGAUGGUGCUAAUGACGUUUCCAUGAUACAGGAAGCACAUGUGGGAAUUGGAAUAGUGGGAAAAGAAGGUCGACAAGCUGUAAGGUGUUCAGAUUUUGCAUUUGCGCGAUUCAGAUUUCUGAGACGCACUCUUCUUGUGCAUGGCCACUGGUAUUAUGAGCGCAUAUCAACACUUGUACUGUACUUCUUUUACAAAAACAUAUUUUUCAUCACACCGCAAGUCUUUUUCCAGUUCCACUGCCUAUAUUCAACACAGGCCUUGUAUGACAGUUUGUAUUUAACAAUGUUCAAUGUGAUUUGCACGUCAUUACCAAUUCUGAUAUAUGGCAUAUUUGAGCAAACACGUCCAUCAACAAAAUUAAUUGCCUACCCACAUUAUUAUAAAGAAAUUUCAAGAAAUGUAUAUAUGACAUGGUCAACAUUCUUCCAGUGGACAUGUUUGGGAAUAUGGCAUUCAGUGGUUGCUUAUUUCUUGCCAUGGCUGUUACUGGCAUCAAAUCCAGUGCUUCUAUAUGACAGUAGCCCAGUUGAUUUUGCUGGCUUUGGAACAAUAAUUUUUCAUAAUGUGAUGGUCGUCUGCAACCUUAAGCUGUGGUUGCAUAGCCAUUAUUGGACUUCACUUUUUAUCGGAUCACUCCUACUGUCAAUUUUUGGGACAAUCUUUGUUGUUCUGAUUUACAAUUUCAUCUUUUGGUCUAUCCUUGGAUAUAACUUGUUCUGGGUUUACAACAUGUUACUGGCAUCUCCAUCAUUCUGGCUGAUAUCGGUAUUGACAACAGUUGUAUGCCUCAUACCAGAUAUUACUUUUCCGUUGUUACUUGGGAAGAUAAAUUCAUACUUUAGAAAACUAAGUGAGCGAAGUCAAACCGCAAUGCAGUAUUUCAAUCCUAGAAGAAAAAGAGCCAAUUUAAAUGAUACUGUAGUUACAAGAUGUUGAGGACAUGGAACUGCUGUCAGGCAAAAUGAAAACUACAGUAUGGAAACUAUGAAAAAGACUGCUCUUGACUGAGUACAAUCACAUGUACAUGUUUUUUAUAGUGAAAAGUGUAAAAUCAUUGUGUAUGAACAAUGUUGAGUUUUCUUGCUGUGAUUAAUGCAUGUAGAUCAUGCUAAGAAUGAAUAAUUACUGUAUCAGUAUUCCUAUUUUUUGUACAAGUAAUGUGUCAUCAAUCUGUACAGAUUUGUUUACAAUUUUUCACUGAUAAUUAUAUUUAAGAAUGCUGUGUAAAUGAAUGUUUAUUUUAUCAAACUGUAAUAUAUUAGAUGAAGAAUGUAAAUAAUGUUCAUUUGUAAAUAAUGUGAGAGCGAACAUUCCAUAAUAUUUAUUUGUAAAAAGUUAUGAGAUCGACAUACCUGAAAUAUAAUUUUGUAUUUUUUAAAGCAGUAUUAGUUAUUUAUUCCUUUACAGCACCCAUAAACAAACUAACAAUCAUAGGUACAGCACACUGGAUA